AGUAUGGGUCUUAUUACGUGUUCGAUCGGACGCCUCUCAAGACAUUGCGCAUUGUGACUACAAGCGCGCAGAUGUUUGGCUGCGUAGGUAACAUACCUUCUCACCAUUCUGACCUGUUCGCUCGAUACCCGCAUUGAAGUUGCCCUUUCGCAGAUUAUCGCCCUUUCCCUUUGAGAACCUAUCGUUCAUCAGGCUGUUGCCCAGCCCGACGCUCUUCUUGGAUUUGGCGAGCACCAUGUUUGCGGUCAAAAGUGUGUUUUGUGUGGUUGUGGUGGGUGUUUCUGACCCAAUAGAGGGGUGAGUGGAAAGAGAAAGUUGCGACGGGAGUUGCCCCACCACGUCAUUCACGGGCUGCCCUCGCCUAAAUUAUUUUUCUGAGCGCCCGACGCCAAAAGACCCUUUGUAAGCGCUUUCCCCAGACUUCCACCGCAACCAACAACUCGCCACUGCCUCGAACAUCAUUGGGACGAGUCACAAAACCCGCCAAGAUGCCUCGCCGACAGUUCAUCGAUAAGAAGAACGCGACAAACUUUCGUCUCGUCCACCGCGCCCAAAAUGACCCGCGGAUCCACGACGAAGAUGCCCCGCAAAUGGUCUUCGCUGAGACCAGCGCACCCAACCAGCGCGAAGAGGACCAGCCCGCUGGAAGUUCACGUGCGUCGCAAUACUCGUCCGUGACGGGACGCAGCGCAAUCAAGUCCAGGCGCGACCUAGAGAGCGAAUAUGGCGACAAAGUACGGAAAAACGAGGGCGAAGCGGCCAACUAUGGCAUCUACUACGACGACAGCAAAUACGACUACAUGCAACACAUGCGCGACCUGGGCUCCGGCGGCGGCGAUGCAUACUUUGUCGAAGCCAAAGCCGAGAAGAAGGGAAAGCAGAAGAUGGAUUUGGCCGACAUGCUGCGCGACGCCUCACUGAGCGACAGCAGAAGCCAGGCCGACCUCAGCGUGAGCAGCAACAUCAGCAGUGUGAGCGACUUUUUUGGCGAAGACAUGGCACCCUCAGAGUUCGUCCGCAAAACCACGUACCAAGACCAACAAAACAUCCCCGACGCCCUCAGAGGAUUCCAGCCAGACAUGGACCCGCGCCUGCGCGAAGUGCUCGAAGCGCUCGAAGACGAAGCCUACGUCGAAGACGACGAAGACAUCUUCAACGACCUAACCCAAGACGGCUACGAAGUCGACCAACGAGAAUUCGAGUCGACAGACUUUGACAACGCGGGAGACGACGACAGAAACCCCAUGGACCGUUUCCUCGACGGCGACGACGACGCAGGCUGGGAAUCCGAUGACACAGUCAAAGCGCCUUCCCCCAGACAAAAGCCCGCCAGUGGCGAGAUGCCCGCGCCAGACGAAGCACCCGCCCCAGCCGACGCAGCCGACCUCGCCUACCUAGACGAAUUCAAGAAGUUCAAACAAGACGUCAAAGCCGCCAAACCCCAGAACAACAACGAUGCCGCCAACAGAGGCAUCCCCGACAACCAGUCCUUCAUAACAGGCGCUUCAGGCCUUACUUCAGGCGGCCGCCACAAGAAGCGAAAAGGCGCAAAGACAUCUACGUCUGGCUACUCCAUGUCUAGUUCUGCGCUCCACAGGACCGAAGGACUUACCUUGCUGGACCAGCGCUUCGACAAGAUUGAAGAAGAGUAUGCUGACGAUGGAUUCGGGAAUUACGAUGACAUGCCUGAUGAUGCGUCUAUGGUCAGCGGAAUGAGCAAGAUGAGCAAAAUGUCCGGUAUGAGUGGUAUGAGUGCGUGGUCGAGUUCAGAGGCGCCCCCGCUGCGUAGCGAUUUCGAUAGCAUCAUGGAUGACUUCUUGGGCAACCAUCAUAGUGUGGGUAAGAGUGGACGCAGGGUUAAGAAGGGUAAGCAGCAGAGUGGGCUGGAGCAGUUGGAGGAGGUGAGGAGGGGGCUUGGGGCGCCGAGGGUGAAGCCGCAGGAUAAGUUUAGUGUGUUGAGGGCUUGAGGUGUGGGGGAUUUGAGCUAGCUCUUGGUGACUUGUUUUUUUUUUCAUUCGUGCUGAGAAGGAUGUUAUGAUGGGUUAUGAAUGUAUGCAUUUGUUGGCGUUUAGGCGGGGUCGGGAAAAAGGGAAUAAGGAUUAGACAAAGGCUGGGAUCAUGUUAUACCCAUAUCAC